GCCACCAAUGGCCAGCUCCUGAUGGUGAUCUUUAUACUUCUACUCGUCUUUGUCACCUCAUCCGCCACCAGCCUGUCCAAUGCUCCACCUUUUUCUUCCACUGCCAUGCCAGAUGCUUCUCCGACCAUAUCUCGACGCCACCGUCACCAACCGCCUCGCCAUGAGCCGCAGCUUCAUCCUUGUGAUGCUAUCACUCGUCCAAAUUCGCGUUCUUUGUGUAUCCAUCUUCACAGAGUUUACCACCACCGCCUCCCCGUCGUUCAUGUUCCGCCGGCGUUGCUGACAGGCAAUGAGAUUGAUCCCCAGUACGGCGUCGAGAAGAGACUCGUGCCGUCGGGACCGAACCCGCUUCACAACUAAAAGAGAGAGAUCAAGAUCAAGAAGAAAAGAAAGAGCCAAGAGAAUUUUUCUUCAUCACAACCACCAUUUUUCAGCCGUUUCUGUCUUCUCAAUUUUCUUACUACAUUCCAGUAGAAUAUCAUGAACCCUUUUUCUUGAAUCCUAUUAGUCAAGGAUGAAGAAGAAGAAGAAUAUUUAAUCCUCGUACGUGCCCGAAGGCAGAAGACUAUAUAUGUUAGUUGAUGAGUUUUGUCCAUGUCGUAUGUCUUGUUUUCCUUUUUGUUCUUUAUUUCUCUUUUUCAGGUCACUGUUGCUAGCUAUUUCCAAUCUUGUUUUUGCAUAUCCAAGCGUUCGAGUUUUCAAGGAGGAGGACGUUGGAGUUCAUUUUGUUGUGGAAAUGGCAAAAACAAGCAUGGAAAUGGCAAGGUAUUUACUUUAAGAUUUGGACUAAUUUUAAGGGGAAAAAAAAGAAAAAAAAAAGUCAUAGGUGGUCGGGUCCGUAGGCAAGAUUCAAAAGAAACCCAUGAGUUUCAUUAAUUUUGGAGGUAUAAGGUACAAAAUGCCGACAUGACAGGAUUCAUGAGGUUUUCUUUUUUUGGAGGGGUACAAUGGAACUUUCAUAUAUCUCUUUACUGUUUAUGGAAUUAAUGUAAUUUUGUUGUAUAGGCUGUACUGUCUGAAUCUAUGGAAACAUAUGUAUGUAAAAGUGAAGCCCCUUUCGAGUUUCUUUAUUGCUUCCAUUUUCUACUUUCAACUGUAGCUUUACCUUGAGAAAAGAACUAGCCAUGGCUACUAUCUUCAACAAGAUGAAGGAAUAAGCUUUUUCAUUGAAAGAAUUGAAAAACAAAGUUUCGUACCUUAUUACAACCUUAAAAACCAACAAGAGAAAAACAAAAAAAUGGAA